UUUUUGCCAUCACCACGCGCGCUUCAACACCACGACAAUUCCAGCAUUUGCCAUUUGGAUUUUAUUUUCGUAUCAAACCCACUAUACCAGAAAGUCACUGCUGCUAGCAAGCGCAGGAUUCUGCUGUCAAGAUGGGUAUUCCAGCGGCUUUCCGAUGGCUGUCGAACAAGUACCCCAAAAUCAUUUCUCCUGUGAUUGAAGAUCGACCGGUAGUGAUGGAAGAUGGUACCGAGAUUCCUGUCGACACUACCCGGCCGAAUCCAAACGGAGAAGAGCUAGACAACCUAUAUUUGGAUAUGAAUGGUAUUGUCCAUCCCUGUUCUCAUCCGGAGGACCGCCCGGCGCCAAAGGACGAAGAAGAGAUGAUGGUUGAGAUUUUCAAGUAUACCGAUCGCGUUGUCAAUAUGGUACGACCGAGAAAGAUUCUUAUGAUUGCUGUUGAUGGUGUUGCGCCGCGCGCAAAGAUGAACCAGCAACGAUCGAGACGAUUUAGAUCUGCGCAAGAGGCGUACGAGAAAGAGAAAGACAAGAAGGAGCUUAUAAAGCUUCUAAAGCAGCAAAAUGGAGGUACAUUGGCCGUCGAGAGUACUGAAGCUGUGACAAAGAAGGCUUUUGACACCAACUCAAUCACUCCAGGAACUCCUUUCAUGGAUAUUCUUGCUGUCAGCCUUCGCUAUUGGUGUCAGUACAAGCUGAACACUGAUCCGGGUUGGGCAAAAUUGAAGAUUAUUAUCUCAGAUGCGACUGUUCCAGGUGAAGGCGAACAUAAAAUCAUGGACUUUGUCCGCUCCCAGCGAGCCAGCCCCGAGUAUGACCCAAACACGCGACAUGUCAUCUAUGGCCUUGACGCCGAUUUGAUUAUGCUUGGCCUGGCAACUCAUGAACCACACUUUCGGGUCUUGCGAGAAGAUGUUUUCUUUCAAGAUGGGAAAUUCCGAUCUUGCAAGCUGUGUGGGCAAAAGGGUCAUGACGCCCAAAACUGUCGAGGAGACGCGAAAGCAAAGGAGGGCGAAUUUGACGAGAAGGACAAAGAGGUCACAUUGAAACCCUUCAUUUGGCUUCAUGUAUCGGUAUUACGGGAAUAUCUUUCUGCCGAGCUUGCGAUUUCAGAUUUGCCCUUCCGUUGGGAUCUUGAACGUGCUAUUGACGACUGGAUAUUCAUGUGUUGUUUCGUUGGCAAUGAUUUCUUGCCCCACCUCCCCGCACUGGAGAUUCGUGAACACGGCAUCGAUACCCUCACGACGCUCUGGCGAAACAAUUUACCAGCACUAGGCGGCUACAUUACCAAGGAUGGCCACAUUGAUCUGGAACGUGCGCAGUGCAUUAUGGAUGGACUGGCGGCUCAGGAAAACUCCAUCUUUAAGCGCCGAAAGGAGCAGGAAGACCGUCGCGAAGCAAGCUUCAAGCGGAGAAAAAUGCAGCAACAAGGUGGUCGCCAUGGCCGACAAGAUGGACAAGACCGGCAUCAUCAGCGUCAAGAGCCAGAGCGACAAUCCAGAGACCCAAAUGAGCUUCCACAAGAGACACAAGAUGCACUUACACAUGAGAUGGUUGUUAACCGAGUUGCCGCGCAUGAUGCAACCGCUGCCAACAAGAGCGCUGCCAGCGUCUUGAAAGAACGCAUGAGAACUGGCAAGCCUGCUACACCCGUGGAACAACAGAGUAGUGGAGGCGAUAAGGCAUCAUCCCCUUCGCUUGGGAAGCGUAAGGCACCCGACAGCUCCGAACAGACCUCUCGUGAAGGAACCAGUACUCCGUCCGAUGGCCCAACAGACCCAGUUCGCCUCUGGGAGGACGGAUAUGCCGAUAGAUACUAUCAGCUCAAGUUUCACAGAGCUCCAGGAGAUAUCGAAUUUCGCCACGAAGUUGCUAAUGCUUAUGUGGAAGGGCUGGCGUGGGUUUUGCUUUACUACUUCCAGGGAUGCCCGUCGUGGGAAUGGUAUUAUCCGUUCCACUAUGCACCAUUUGCUGCAGACUUCACAAACAUGACUAAGGCGAAUAUCUCAUUCGAAAAGGGAACUAUUUCGCGUCCAUUUGAACAGUUGAUGAGUGUUUUGCCAGCAGCCUCCAGGAACAAUUUGCCAGAGGUAUUCCAUGAUCUUAUGACCAACAAGGAUAGUGAGAUCAUCGACUUUUAUCCUGAAGAUUUCGAGGUGGAUUUGAAUGGUAAAAAGAUGGCCUGGCAGGGUGUAGCUCUGCUUCCAUUCAUUGAUAUGCCACGUCUGCUCAAAGCCGUUCAAGGCAAAUACCCGUUAUUGAGCGAGGCAGACGCAGCUCGUAACGCAGUUGGCAGGAGUAUUUUAAUCUUGUCUGACAAGCACGAGAGUGCCUAUGACGACAUCCUCACAAACUUUUACUCCAAAAAACAAGGCUCAUCGGCAUUCACUCUCAAUCCAAAGGCUACAGAAGGUCUUUCAGGCAGAGUCGAGAAGCAAGACGGCUACGUCCCUCAUGGCGAGCUUCACUAUCCUCUUGAGCGCAAGGCUUUGCCGGAUUUGGAGUAUGACCGUUCAAUAACUGUAAACUAUAACAUGCCAGAGUCCGAUAAGACUCACAAGUCUAUGCUCCUGCGGGGAGCCAAGCUACCUGAACCAGCGCUGACCAGAAGCGACAUCGAAGUUCUUCGAGGCCGCGUAAAGCCUUGGCAUAACAGCAAUCACGGCGGUGGUCGGGGCCGAUUUGAUAGUCGACACGAUGAUUUUAGAGGUAACGGCCGACCACCGCACCAAGGCGGGCGCGGUUACAAUGGAGGCUACAACAACGGAGGUUACAAUAAUGGAGGCUACAACAACGGAGGAGGAUAUGGUGGCAACGGAGGUUAUAACAAUCGUGGCGGAUAUGUCGGUGGAAACGGAAAUGGUAACAGAAAUGAUUUCCGAGCAACUCCCGCAUGGCAACCGCCAGCACCAGGAAGCGCAGAAUUUGGCCGAGGGGCUCCUCCACCUUUGCCUCCAAAUGGUUGGCAGCCAGGAGUAUCACAACAUCACCAACAGCCCUAUCACCAACCAUAUCAUCAGCAGCAGGGAUACCAGAAUAGAGGCCCCUAUGACCAGCGAGACUCUCGCUAUAAUAAUGGUGGUCGUGGUAAUAGAUAUUGAUGCGGGUUAGGGCUUGAAAAAAGUCUCAAAAUAGACUGCCGUUUUUAAUGAAAAUGAAUUUCUUUUUUUAACUUGUAAAUAAUAUGAACGUGAAUUAUUAAAUAUAUAUUUAAAGUAGACCAUGAA